AUCAUGCGCGCACCGACCAACAGGCCCAGCAUGGCAUGCGACAAAACUCUGAUUUAACGUGGAUUCAUUUAAGUAACAGAGAUCAUUCAGCAGGUAGCUGAAGUAAGUGUAUCCGCAGCGGAUCGGAGAAAAGAGUGUAGCUUGUGUGCAGGCAGCCAGCCAUGUCGGUGCAUUUCGAGGAGAGGAGCGGAGUGGUGCCCUGUAGGACGCCGUGGGGCUCCUGGUACCAGACCAUGGAGGAGGUUUUCGUCGAGGUGAACGUCCCCCCGGGGACGGCGGCCAGAGACAUUAAGUGCAACCUGGAGAGCAGACACAUCGAGCUGAGUGUGAAAGGACAGCAGCUCAUCAAGUGGGGAGCCUUAUGCAAAAGACGGACGCAGAACCCUGAGGGAAAGCUCUUUGGUACCACUGUUUCUGACGAAGGAACUUGGACUUUGGAGGAUAAGAAGCUUGUUCGGAUCAUACUGAUGAAGACAAACCGGGAGGCUGGGAAUUGUUGGCUUUCUCUGCUGGAAGGGGAGUACUGUGCCGACCCCUGGGUUCAAGACCAAAUGCAGAGAAAACUGACUCUGGAGAGGUUCCAGAGAGAGAAUCCUGGAUUUGACUUCAGUGGUGCUGAAAUUUCUGGGAAUUUUGCUGGUGGUGGACCAGACUUCUCCAAUUUGCAAAAGUAAAUGGCGUCAGACUACCAAGCACCAGGGUUUCCAGUUGUGCCUGGUGUGGGACUGGCAACAUGGACUUUCUGGCAGCCUACUGCAGUCCAGAGCACAUGCUUGACAAAAGCACUGGACAUUCACUGAGGAAUGAUGGCAGAAGACCUUGCAAUAAGCCCUCUGCUAAAGUUUAAAAAAACUGGGAAAAAGGGGAAUGUUUGAAAGCAUGUUGAUAUUGAUAUAAAAUACAAGGGCAGUGUUUGCAUUUCAAUAAAGUUUUAUUGAAAGGUAACUUUUCACAGCAGAACUUUUUUUUUUUUUUACUACAAACCUAGUUCCCAGACUUUUUUGAAAGCUUUAACAAACUAGGUGUGCUGACAACUCUUGGGCACUAGUAAGACACUCCAGCAUCAAGAGUUUAAGUGGAAUAUUUCAGUGCAAGAACAAUCA